GAACACUUAUUAGAAAAGCUAAAGAAAUGUAUUAUCAUACAAGAAUUGAGAGCUCAAAAAAAGGCAAAGGAAACUUAUGGUCUAUUAUUAAUGAAUUGAGAGGAAAAAGUACCCAUAAAUCAUGCAAUACAAAUAUAAAUCCUUUCAAUACAUUUUAUUGCAAUAUCGAUGAAAAUGCAACAAAAAAUCUAAAUAGAACAAUUGACCUAUUGGAUUUUGUAAAAUCGUCACCAAUUAAAUACUCAUUUUUCUUAAGAGAAACAAAUUCGUUAGAAAUAUUAAAAGUUUGUAAUGACAUACACAACAAAACUGCAUCAGGAUAUGAUGAAAUGUCAGUAUGUUACAUAUAAGCAAAAACAUAGUUGGUACCACUGUUAAGUACCUAGUGCGUAUGCACUCAUUUCUCCUAAACGAGGUCAGGGGUGGGAAACUGGUAUGCGCAACGAGGUACAACCUCAACGACUCUCUCGUGUGUCAGCUCUCGAACCGUAAACGUAUGUCGCGGAGUAAAAGUUAAGUAAUGUAGAAACUGCUGUGAUAUUAGAAUAAUAAACUCUGUGAUCCCAGUGUUAGUGUUUGCUAUUCCUUCCCAAGCUUCACGAAUCCACAAAUGCAACAAUGGCGACGAGAAUGGGAUAAUAAAUUUGAAAAAUUUAAUUAAAAAUAAUUCGGGAAGCUUGGGAAGGAAUAGCAAACACUAACACUGGGAUCACAGAGUUUAUUAUUCUAAUAUCACAGCAGUUUGUACAUUACUUAACUUUUACUCCGCCACAUACGUUUACGGUUCGAGAGCUGACACACGAGAGAGUCGUUGAGGUUUGUACCUCGUAUAGGAGAAAUGAGUGCAUGUGCACUAGGUACCUAACAGUGGUACCAACUAUGUUUUUGCUUAUAUGUAACAGUAAAAAUAUUUCAAAACUUACCUACCUCUGCAUUAGACAUUUUCCCCAUUUUAAUAAAUAAAAGUUUUAAUGAAGGUACUUUUCCUCCUUUUCUUAAAACGAGUGUUGUGGUUCCAUUAUACCGGGUGUUCAAAUUAAAGUGUUACAGCUAAGUUUCAGACAAAAGUUUUAUAGUUUUGUGGGCAAAAAAUUUUGGCUAAAAUCGUUGUUUAUAGCUAACCAUAAUAUGGCCAACUUUUUUUUCGCCCAACAAAAUUUUUAAGUAGCUGUUACUCAAAAAGUAAAAGUCCAAUAAAAAAAAUAUUUCCAUCAAAAGUUUCUUAUUUUUUUAUGUACUUUAAGAAUAUGUAAAAGAAAAAUGGGAUUCCCAUUUAAAAAAACAAAGUUCACCUCGAUAUGGCCAUAUUAUGGUCAGCUAUAAAAAAAUGAAUUUAGCCAAACUUUUGUCUGAAACUUUUUUUCUAAAAUGCAUAUUUUCGGCGGUAUUUAACUGUAACACUUUAAUUUGAACACCCAAUAUAAGGGAGGAGACUUAACUGAGCCGUCUAAUUUUAGACCCAUAUCUCUAAUUCCGACACUGGGAAAAAUUAUUGAGAAACUUGCAAAAACUCGACUAGUUAGAUAUCUAGACCAAAAUAAUAAACUGGACACAACAAAAACAUAUCGGAUGCUGUCUCUUCUUGUAUGAAAUUAGCCUAUGCUAGUAUAAAUUUCAACGAGGCCGUAGCUGCAGUAUUUUUUGAUCCGAUUAAAGUUUUUGACUGCUGCGAAAGCUUGAAGUUUAUGGCCUUGAGUUGGAUGAAAUCCUACCUUUUAGGUCGUAAACAGUUAGUCCGAACUGUUUCAAAUUCGAAAACAAGUGAGAUAAAAUGGGGUGUCCCUCAAGGUUCUGUUCUUGGGACCACCCUGUUUUUAAUUUAUAUUAAUGAUUUAGGUAAGUUAAAUAUCUCAGGAAGUUUCACUCUAUUUGCUGAUGAUACUACUUUCUUGUGAAAUAAUAAAGACGUCAAUAUUCUUUAUGCAAAUAUUAGUAAUGACCUCAAAUCCUUUAAAACAUGGUGCACGGCAAAUUUUCUGUCAUUAAAUUUUAAGAAAACAAAAAUACUAACCUUUAAAUGUAAUUUUCCUGAUAUUUCAAUAGAUAUGGGUACUGUCGAAGCCAUAGACUACAAAAUUUUUGGGUUUAAAUAUCAACACGGAUUUGAAAUUCAAAUCUCAUGUGGAACCUUUUAUAAAAAAACUCGCAUCGGAUGUUAUACCAUUAGAACUACCUCUCAUAAAUUAGGAGUUUGUGCAGCAAAAACUGCAUAUUAUGCGUUAGUUGACUCCAAUUUACGUUAUGCUAUUCAGUCAAGUUAUUUGGUAGAGUCUUUAUAAUGCAGAAACAGGCAAUUAGGUUCUUACACAGAUUAGUUUCAUGUAGACCGCUGGUUUUAAAACAAAUAUUAACAUUAACUUCAUUAUUUAUCUUAGAAACUUGUUGCAUGAUCUAUAAGAACAAGUCGAAAUAUAAAUCGAAUAUAUCCUGUGUAACUCGCCAAACGGGUAACUUGAAGUUGCCUAUUCCCAAAACUGAACUAAUAAGAGGCUCUUUUAUAUACAAUGGUAUCAAGAUGUACAACAGGCUAUCACAUACUUUGACAGAUGUUGAGUCGCAGAAUUGUUUUAGAAAGCUGCUCAGGAGAUUUUUGUUAACUA